AUGGAGGAUUUUACUAACCAUAAUAUUGUGGAAGAGGAAAAUAGCCAAUCUACAUUUAAACAACCUAGGUUACAAUCCAUCAGUGAUCUCAAGUCGGAACCAAAUUACUUGAAUCAUAAAGCAAAUUCAUUGUCCUGUAUGGACCAUACACCAAGUAGGAAAAUAUCUAGAAAAUCGAGUAUUGGAAGUCAGAGAACAAGUCAAGAUAAAACUCCCAUAAAACCUUCACCAUCAUCAAAUCAUAGAAGGUCUCAAAGUUUGGUCGUUGAGGAAAAGGAUGAUUUUAUUGAGGAAAUGAGAAGAAAUUCAGAGGAAUUCGACAAGAUUUUCAAUGAAAUAUUUACUUUGGAUUUGGAAGAUGAAUUACAUGGCAAUUUUGAUGAUCAUUUCCCAGCUGUUUACGUUCAUAAGCCAAUUAACAAAAAGAGAAAAUGGUUAAAAAAAUUAUUAAGUUUUAAAACUAAACCAGUAAUAGAUGAUAAAUACCAUUUACAGAAAUCUUCAUCUAUGGAGGCUUUCCACAACCACAUUAAUGUAAAUAAUAGUACAAUACGUAGAGAAUCAUUUGAUGUAUUGCCACAGGUUGGCAAUGAAAAGAAUAUUUUCAUUAUGCGUAACCCUAAUAAGGAAAAGGCUUUAAUAGUCGAUCCAGUUGCUAAUUAUUUUGAACAAGAUUUUACAACACAUAGUAAUGAAAUUUCUCAAGAUGAAGAAUCAAUCAUUGAGUUGGGAGAAAAACCAUUCUACCACCCAGUAACACCAACCAAAGAGGAUCAAGACACAAUCAAAUCACACAGUAUGAAAAUGGAAUUGGAACAUUUUUAUGAUAGAAAGAAUGGCCAAAUUUUAGGAAUAGGAAUGCCUUUUGUUAUUGUUAAAGAGAUGGGAACCAACAAUAUUUGUCUAGGAUUGCAAGGCCCAAAGAGAAUGGACUCAUCAGUUAUUAUUGAUUCAUUACUCUUUGUACUUGGAUCAUUCAUCUUUCCACCACUCUUAUUAAUUGCCAUUCCAUUUGCUCUCUACAGGAUUUAUGCAUACUACAAGAAGAAGCGAAGAGAGCAAAGUCUGACCAGAUAUCUGGUAUUUGAUCAUCAUACAUGUAAAAUUGAGAAACGUCUCUACACUAGUGGUAAUAGAACGAUCUGUUACAAGGGUAUUAUUCCAAAAGAGGCUGAUAUUUCUAGCCCAGUACCAAAUCAAGUAACCUACUAUCAUGAAUCAUCACCAGAUAAUACCCUAGUGUACAGAAAUAUUCACAUUGGCAAAUUGCCUCACACUGAUGAAAAGAUUGAUUUUAUUGACUUUAAUGACAUUAGCAGCUUUGACAUUGAAAAGGAAGGAAGUGGAAAUGAAUUCGAUGAAUUAUAUUUUGUUUGUUGUGUCUUACAGAAUGGAAAGAGAAUCAGAUUGAAUAAUGAAGAAACCAAUUCCAUAGAUAUUAGUUUCAGAAAAGUCAGACAACUCAAAGCAGCACUCGAGAAGAGUAAAGUAGCUGCCAAGACGAAUUUGCUUUCUCGAGGAAAACAAAGUAGCAAGAGAAAGACUACCAACAGCAUGUCCAUGAGAAAUUUAGAUAAAUUAUUAGAUGAGGAACCAAUUGAGGAUGCAUACCCAACACUAAGAAGAUCCAUUAGUUGGACCGCUGCCAACUAA